AUGAAAAUUUCUUUCAUUUUGCUUUUCUUUCUCUAUGUUUCUGUAGCACAAGAAGAAAAUUUCAAAUUUCUGAAAGAAAAAGCAAGCGCAUGCAUAAAGCUUGCAAGACUUAAAAUGAUUGAGGAAAAAGAUGAUUUUGACAGGCUAUUCAAGGAUGUUCCUAAAUCUCCCUUUUGUUAGCAAGUAAGAUUAUAAGCUUACUAGGUAGAGGCUAAAUUUUAAUUCAGAUUGAUAUUGUAGCUGCUUGAAGAAAAUCUAAUUGUAUUUUAUUGUAAAAUUUAAAGAAAAAUCUAAUUUAACUUAUAAAUUAAUAUAAUUAGCUAUAGGCAAAUAAAAAUUAAGCAUUAAAGAAUUCUUUUUUAACAUUUUGUUUACUAGCCCAGGGAGUAAAGAACUUGAAGAAAGAUAUAUUAAUAGAGUCAUAGGAGACAUCAUUUUAGAAUGCGCAGAAAAGAUUGCACCAGAAGAAGCCAUCGAUAUAAUUGAAAAAGGAGAAAAAGUGAAAUACUUGCCUAAGCACAAACAAUUGAUGACCUGGAGUGAAGGUCCUAUCGACCUGCAAACAAAAAGAGACUAUACAACUGAGCAGCUUAUUAUUUUUCAAGAAAUUGUUGACCAAACCAAUGAAAUGAAAAAAGCUAUUGGUCUAGACGAAGAUGACCAGCCUGUAGAGAACAGAAAACAAAAACUAGCCGCUUGCUUUGUGCUGGCUAGAUUUAUAGUAAGAGAAGACCUAGAAGAAAUCACUAAACUAUUAGAAAAAUACCCUAAAUUGUCAAAAGAAAGAGGAACUAACAAAAUCCUCGGGGAUAUCCUUGAAAAAUGUGUAUACGGCAUCACAAAUGAAGACACAUUCCAAAUUUUAGAAGAAAAAGAAAACGCAUCAGUGCUGCCUCAAUAUAGGAAAUUUUUAGAAUGGGACCGUAACCAAUUUGAAGGCAUAAGCGAAAUAAGCUACACAAAAAAGCAGCAUCAAAUUUUCAAGGAACUAGUCGACGCACACAAAAAACUAUCAGAAAAUAAAUACCAGCAAGACACAAAUGAAGAUACCACAAGUCCUCAAGAAUACGCUGCUUAUAAUUUUGGUUGGGGAUAUGUGAUGAUUAUUAUUUUUAUUUUUUCAGCUGUUUUUUAUUUCCUGAUAAAGAAUGUAAUAGCUGAAAAUAAAAGAAAUGAGAAAAAGAAAAGUGAUAAAAAGAAAAAAAAUAAAUAG